ACCCCCAAAACAUGCUCCAAACCUUGAAUCCUUACACCUCCACGGCUAAAACGGCCGAGAUCAUGGCUAGGUAUAGGCCUAUUGCACCAAGGCCGCAAGCACCACUAACUUCAAAUGGUGGUGGUGUCGGGGACGGAGAUGGGUCUGGGUCUGGGUCUGGGUCUGGGUCCGGCUCAUCACCGUCGUCCAUGUCUCCUACCAUCCGGCAGUCUCCUUACCUGAGAAACGUAUGGCCUCAUUUGCAGUCCAGGCCAACUAGAACCAGGAAGAGAGGGCGGACGUCCCUGGGACCACCUCCACCACCCACCUUCAAGAGACCAAGGACUCUUCUACAGGGUCUUUCUCCACCAUUCCACAUCACCACAUCUCCAGCCAGGAAUCUUUCAAUUCAGGGUUUUGCUCCUCUUCCGCUGCAACCAACCACCACCACCACCACCACCACCACCCUUGUCACCCUCCCACUCCUCCCUUGUUCUUCACCCCACCACAUGCAAUUGCAACCUAAUGUCAUCGACCUGAACAAGGUGGCGGACGUCCCAGAAGAGAGAGAUCUCUUGGCACAAUUGCAGAAACCCGCAACAGAUGUCAUUUCCCCCAGGCCAAUUCGGCUCGUCCCCUCCACCGUCACCAUCCGAGCCAUCAAAGAUGAUACGUGUCCGGUCCAGAUAUCGAUGAAAGCAGCAGAGGAGGUGGAGAAAGAAUUAGAGUCACAGGUCUUGCCGGCCUUCGUGUCGGAUUCUAACAACCAAGUGAGACUGGUGAAUUCGGCUUACAAGGAGAUGGUCGGCCAACCAGAAUGCCCAUGGCUGGAAUCCAUGAUCACAGUUGGGGUUGCAUGCAAGAGCAUCUGUGGGGAAGUGGUGCUUAAUUUCACGGAUUUGGAGCAGGAGAGGAGUGGGUUAGGUGGGUUCUCGUGCUGGGCCAGGAUCGAAUGGGGGAUGAAUGGGAAGAAGAAGAAGUUGGUGAAUGCUUUUGGUGAAGCAAUGAGGUUGGAAUGUGAAUCCAAAGACUACAAGUUCGCUUGGAGGUUCCACACAAGAGAAGCCUCAGAAGCCGCUUCAAACGUAUAGAGUGCAAUCAAGAAUCCUAAAUAGAUAGAAGAAAGUAGUGUAGCUAUGUAGGGUGUAUAUUAUUAUAUCAUAAAGAAAUAUAUAUAUAUAUAUAUAAAAUAUGAAUAUAUAUUCUAGUAGACUAGAGGAUGAUAACUACUUAUCAUCAGCAAGGUUACAGCUUUCAUUUCAUUUAAGUUUGUUAAAACAAAGGUCCAUGAUUAUUCAAAAGAAAUGAACAACAAAGUGUGCCUUUGGAAGGA